AUGACCAGCUAUUCCCCCGUCAAAACGCUGCACACUCCAGCCCACAUAUCUUCAUUAGCAUUCGGACACUCGGGCCAUAUCUUCGCUGGCUGUGACGAUGGUACCCUUCGCGUCUAUGAUCUCUCAACUUUCAAGGCUUCGGAUUUGCGAGAUGCCUGGAUUGCUUGUGGAACACGGGUCUAUCUGUUUCAAAUGGACAGCCCAGCAAUGGUACUGACGCCCUCUGACGCGCUGGCAUCGGUUGAGAACCUGCACUCCUCUCUCGCAGCGUCUUCGCCUAAGAAAGUCAGUCAGAUCAGCCUGGAUGCUAGCAAAACUCAGCUUGCAUUCUGCACGGAUAACGGUCUGGUAGGAGUGGUAGACCUCAGCAGCAAAUGCGUCUCCAUUAUGAAGACAAAACACGACAACGUAUGUGGAUGUGUCAAAUUCAUCCCGGACCGACCUCGGGAGCUCGUGAGCGGUGGAUAUGAUAAGGCCCUCAUUCACUUUGACUACAUGCAAGAGAACGUUCUGUCUAGACACGACAUCUCAAUACCACCAACAAACGGGUCCAUGUCGUUUUCCCCACCCUUCGUACUUUGCACCGCACUUUCAGCUACUGGUGUUAUCGCAGCAGGAACUGCUGACGGUCACAUCUGGUUGGGGCAUGGCGGAAUGAAGGUUCCAUCGAAGGGGAAGAAAUCCCGAAAAUGGAACGGUUUAGAUGCCGAGAAGGCAUCCUUGCACAAGCUGGCUGAUGGACCUGUGGUUGCCCUCACGUUCUGUGACUCCAAUACACUCAUAUUUUCGACUUUAUUGGGCAACGUAACAGAGCUUCGAGUGAAUCCUGACAAGGAAGAAGAACAAGUUCUGCCUAUUUGGCAAGCAACAAGCAAAAAGUCUGGCCAAGGUCAAUGCCCUGGUUGUCGACGAUAA